AUUUACGAAAUAACUCAGUGUUUAGAAGGCACUUGCCUAUCCGCCAAACUUGACUGAGUAGUGAAUAAGAGUAAACAUACUUUCGAUCAACAAAAACUGGCAGCAACAAUACACUUACCAAAUCCAAAACAAAAACCAGUUGUUUCGCUUCGUUUCGACUCGUACACCAGUCUGCCCAAAUGGACAUGCACUUCCAGUACAAGAAGGAUCACGCGUUCGACAAGCGCCGCAACGAGGGCGACAAGAUCCGGCGCAAAUAUCCGGACCGUGUGCCCGUGAUCGUGGAGAAGGCCCCGAAGACCCGCUACGCCGUGCUGGACAAGAAGAAGUACCUGGUGCCGGCCGACUUGACGGUGGGCCAGUUCUACUUCCUCAUCCGCAAGCGCAUCAAUCUCCGUCCCGACGACGCCCUCUUCUUCUUCGUGAACAAUGUGAUUCCCCCGACAUCGGCCACCAUGGGAGCACUGUACCAGGAGCAUUUCGACAAGGACUACUUCCUCUACAUUUCCUAUUCCGAUGAGAACGUCCACGGACGUCAAUAGACUCCGACUUCGCCUCGAUCUCGGGUUUGUCCCGCCUAAUCGUUUUGGUGGUCGGUUGAGUUUCAAUUGUCACUUUUCGUCAUUCGCAAGUUCAUCAAUAAAAUGACUGGUGCUAGCCAGCUAACCAGCA